CUUGGAGGGAGACGCGUCCGCAAGGUCUCUGGGUGCAGAUUCGUGGACUCUGUUCGUGGGCGCCUGGCGUAGCCGUAGGUGGCUGCACCCCUGCCCAGUAUGGCAGCUCUACCAUCCCUACCCCCAGACCCCCAGUUUGUCCUCCGAGGUGCCCAGUCGGCGGUGCACGCGCUACAUUUCUGUGGAGGAGCCCAGGAGCAGGGGCACCCGCUUCUCCUCUCAGGGUCCCUGAAUGGGCUGGUGCACAUCUGGAGCUUGCAAACACGGAGGGCGAUCGCCACCCUGGACGGGCACAGGGGUCAGUGUGUGAUCUGGCUGCAGACAUUGUCCCAGGGACACCAGCUCCUCAGUCAGGGCCGAGACCUGAAGAUGUGCCUAUGGGACCUGGCGGAGGGCAGAAACGCUGUUGUGGACUCCGUGGGCCUGGAGAGCGUGGGCUUCUGCAAGGGCUCCAUCCUGGCCAUGGGUCAGGAGCGCUGGAUGCUGGCUGUGCCCGGGAGAGGCAGCGAUGAGAUUCAGAUUCUGGAGAUGCCAUCCAAGACGUCAGUGUGCACCCUGAAGCCAGAGGCAGAUGCCAAGCCAGGCAUGCCCAUGUGCCUGGAGCUGUGGCAGGCUGACUCCAGCCCCCACCCGCUCCUCCUGGCCGGCUAUGAGGAUGGAUCAGUGGCCCUGUGGGAUGUCUCUGAGCGGAAGGUGUGCAGUCGAAUCGCCUGCCACACAGAGCCCGUCAUGGGCCUUGACUUUGACUCCCAGAAGGCCAGGGGCGUCUCAGGCUCUGCGGAGAAGGCGCUGGCUGUCUGGAGCCUGGAUGAGCAGCAGGCCCUGCAGGUGUGCAGAACUCAUGAACUCACCAAUCCUGGGAUCUCUGAUGUCAAGAUCCGGCCCGACCGAAAGAUCUUGGCCACCGCGGGCUGGGACCAUCGCGUGCGCGUGUUUCACUGGCGGACGAUGAAGCCGCUGGCUGUGCUGGCCUUCCACAGCGCUACCGUGCACUGCGUGGCCUUCGCUGCGGACGGCCUGCUGGCCGCGGGGUCCAAGGAUCAUCGCAUUAGCGUCUGGUCGCUCUACACACGCUCGUGACUUGCCCACCCCCUGUUCUGGACCCACAGAGGACAGAGAGGUGGCGCCCAUGCUUAGGCCAGACCCAGGCAUGUGGAAACUAUGCCUCAGGACCCCCAGGACAGCACGUCGCCGGUUCUCCUCCUUCAGUUACGAGAAGGGCUUAGUCUGUGGAGCCCUCGCUUUUUGCACGAGGCUUGUUUCCUUUUGUGAAGAACAGCAUCUGUACGGCAGUGACUCUGCAGUUUGCAGUAACUGGGCCAGACGUCUGGGCGUGUGUGGCCCGGGUGAGAAGCCAGACUGGGGGUGCUUUACAGUAAACUCAAAGUUGCAAACCUG